UUAACUCUGUUCAAGUAAUUGGGAAGCCGGCCUGGGAAGCUGCCUCUUGUGUUCACAUUUUCUCAGGUGGCCACCACCAACGGAAGACCAGAAUCGCCUCUCUUUGAGCAAAGGUGCGCUCCGAGGAUUACCACAAGCUCCCGCUGGGGUUUAUUUGAAGCAUGCAAGAGAACAGCGUGGACCAGCCUACAUCAUUAUCUCAGCUCUUGAGAGAGAACUACUUGGCCGAAGCACGAGCACACCAGAGACACAGCGAGAUGAGUCGUUCCGACUCCUCCUCACGGCGCCUGGUCUACGGGCCUCUCAAAGGCAAGAUGGCGGACUCUGCGGGGCUGGACGAACACCAGCUCCCAGACCUCUCAGCCUUCCUGAGUCAGGAAGAACUGGAUAAGAGUGUUAACCUGGCCUGUCAGGCUAUUGGACCCGAGGCCCGCGAAGAGAGGUCAGAUGUCAAGGCCUCCCCCUCUGCCACCUCCGACACUCCCGACACCCAGCCUGAUCCGGAAUUGAAAGAACCCCUACCAACACACCCGACAUUCUUGCCAGAGAGACGGCCAUACCCACCUCUGUCCCUCCAGGACAAUGUUAUAAGGACAGACGAACAGGUAUAUCAGCCGUCCCAACCGUCCAUCCAGGACAACUCGAUGAGGUCAGACAGACAGUCGUUCCCACCGUCCAUCAUCCAAGAUAUUGCAGUGAAGGACAACCGGGAGGACAUGAAGAGACCAGGGGCUGGGGGGAGGAACACCCCGGCGUUCGGCCUGGAGAACCAGUCCAAGAAGGAGUUCCUCAACAAGGCAGCGGACUUCAUCGAGGAGCUCUCCUCUCUGUUCAAGGCAAACAGCUCCAAAAGGAUACGGCCCCGAUCGUGCAAAGCUCAUAGGAGCAGAGCCAACAAGGGCCAAGACGAUGGGAGCAUUUACUCCCUGAACGCAGACUACAGGGAACGGCCCAUUCUUCUCCAAGACUUCGAAAUGGAGAUGGAGAGGCCUGCUAAUCCCUUCUGCAUUCAGCCGCCAGAGGUCCAAGGUUUGGACAUGGUCCCGGGUUAUGGGCACGCUGACUUCCCCAUGCAGGACUGCAGGACUACUGAGGAGCAGUAUGAUGACUCUGAGGUGCUGGAGGCGGAUGAAGUGGAUGAGGCUGAGAGCCCUGCCCUGGUGGAGAUCACCCCUGGAGUGUACACAGCCGACCCCAUCUGUGAGCCCCCUCACUUCAUCCAGAAACUGAAAAGCAGGGAGGUGUCGGAGGGCAGCAAGGUCCAGCUGGACUGCAUUGUUCAAGGACUCCCCAUGCCCGAAGUCCGGUGGUUUUGUGAGGGGAAGGAGCUGGAGAACUGCCCUGACAUUCAGAUCAUCAACAACAGCGAGUUGCACUCUCUGAUCAUUGCCGAGGCAUUCGAGGAAGACACAGGGCGGUACUCUUGCUUUGCUUCCAACUUCUAUGGCACAGACUCUACAUCUGCAGAAAUCUACAUCGAAGGUGCCUCCUCUACAGAUUCGGAGGGGGAACAACAUUUUGAGCAUGUAGCACAGCUGCAGAGGACCCCAGCUCAACCGACUGCUCCAUCUUUACAUUCAGUGGUCUGUGCUGUGUCUGUUUGUGAGGAAGACACACCCAUCUGUACUAAAGAACAUCCACAGGAGGCCACCUCACUGCCGUCUUGCCAGGUAGUCACUGCAUCUGUACCUGUCAAGGUAACUACUACUUUCCUUCCUGUUACGGAGGUGACAGCAACACUCACCCAGGUGACAUUUACAUUGUCCUCUGCCCAGGAGACGUCGGCACCAUUACCUGUCCAGUUAGUGUCAACACCGUCCCUGUCAACACCGUCACCUGCCCCAGUGACGUCCACAACAUCACAGACAAAGACAGUCACUACCACGGCACUACCGCUGACCCAGGUGGCUUCCUCUACACCUCCUGCCCAGGUGGCUCCCAUACAGACGACUCUAUCUGAGAACCUAAACGGUGACAGCUAUAACCUAGGUCUAGACGUCUAUCCUCAAGGUCUAGACGGGAGGCCGAUCAUCGCAGCCCCUGUUUUCACAAAGAGUCUGCAGGACCUUUUGGCGUCGGAGAGCCAGCUGGUGGUGCUAGAGUGUCGUGUUAAAGGGGUGCCCUCCCCCAAGGUGGACUGGUACAGAGAAGGAACCAUCAUAGAGGAUUCCCCUGACUUCAGGAUCCUGCAGAAGAAGCCUCGAUCCAUGGCUGAAUCAGAGGAAAUAUGCACUUUGGUUAUUGCUGAGGUCUUCCCUGAAGAUUCUGGAACAUUCACUUGCACUGCAAGCAACAAAUAUGGAACUGUAUCCAGUAUUGCUGCACUAAGGGUGAAAGGCAAUGAUAACACCAACAACAACCACGUGAAAACUCCACACAAGUCCACACAAGUCCCAGAGCCCUCUUCAUUAGAUCUCACUCCUCCCAGUCUAAAGCCUCAAGCUGAGGUUCCUGUGACCAACAGCAUCAAGCCUCACUCCAACACCAUCCGCCUGGAUCCGCUCAGUUCCAGCACGUUACGACUGGACCCUCUGAGCACCAGUACCCUCCGUCUAGAUCCUCUGAGCUCCAGCAUGCUGCGCCAGGACCCUGUCAGCAUCAGCAUGCCCAGUCUGGACCCACUAAUCCUGGGCAGCAGCCCCAGGAUAGGCACCCGUAGCUCCAGCACAUCUAGUCUGGAUCCACUCUACCUGAGCACUCCUCACUCAGAUCUGUCUACUAGCUCCAGCAGGGAACUUCCUGAGCCCAAGACUGACCAUGAAGACUCCAGAGCCUUCUCAGUGUUAUCAGGCCCUGCCGUUGGUCUGAGUCCUAAGGUGGAAGGGACUCCUUUCCAUAAACCUGAGCCCCCUCCCCCUGUAAACCUCCCUGAUCCCCCCACCUCCUCUUGCCUCAAGCCUGGGGUUCUGGUGAGCCACAACGGGCCCAGGUCCAGCUCCAGGGUAGGCCUCCGUGUGCACUUUAAACUGCCUGAGAAUGAGACAGACAACGAGAGUGAAACAUCCGAUAGCCAUUCAUAUGAAGAUAUGUCACAGUUGGCCAAUAAGGAACCACCUCCAGUCCUGGCCAAGCCCAAACUAGACCCUGUCCAGCUGCAGCUUCUACACAACCAGGUGCUUAUGGAGCAGCAGCAGACUGACACUGAGCCAACCGGAGCCACCCAGAGUCAACCGGAGGCAUCUGCCUGGCCAGCCCGGAAGCAACCCGAGCCCCAGCCCCAGCUCCAGCACCAGCAAAGCCUACCCCGUUCAUCUACCCCCAUGCCCCUGCAGUCCACCCACCCCGCACCCAUACUGACCAUAGCCCCAACACCCUUACUCAACUUCACCCCUGUGACAACACUGAACACUACCCCUGCAACCCAGCUAAACACUAGUGCCCCUGCACCCCUGCUUAACAUUGCCUCUGCACCACUACUGAACCCAUACGCAACCCAAUCUUAUUUUCUUUCUUCUUCUUCACCCCUGCUAAACACAAGCCCUGUACCACCAAUAAACACUACCUCUGCACUACUACUGAACACAGCCCCUCCUGCACCCAUUAUGGGUACCCUGCCAUCCCCUCCUCAACUGAAGACAGCUUCAUCUUGUAUGAGCUCCCCUCCAUCUGCCCCUCUGCCGAGUACUGUUCCUGCACCCCACCUGCAUACCAGCCCUGCAUCCCCACCCUAUAUGACCCUGCAAAACACCACCCAUUCUUCCCAGCUGAACUUAGCCCCCUUAUCCCUGCCUAAAUCUAUUCAUGUACCCCAGUUUAACACACCUCUCAUACCUCAUCUGAAUACAGCCCCCACAGCAUCUCUCAGCUCCAUCCCUGCAGCUUUCAACAGGGCCCCUACAACCAUGCAGAACACCUCCCCCUCCCCCCUUCUCAGAACAACUCAUGCCUCCCUCCUCAAUCUGGCUCCCAUUUCGCAGAGCUUCAACUAUGCUAGACCAAAAGAGUUUAUCACUGCCCAGACUCCCCUCUCUCCAGUCAGGAGUCCCUCCCCUACAGAGUCCCCAGUUCCGUUGCUCCACGAGCUGGCUGCCGAGCUCAACUCCUCCAACCCCAACCUGUUCUCUCCACAACCCAGAGUCUUCCCCACCAGAGUCCUCAAGUCACCCACUAGCCCCCCUUCCUUCAUGUCCUCCCCCACCUCCCCCACCCUUUUGCCUGCUGCCUACCUCAACUCUGUGUUCACCCUGCCACAGCAGUCACCCCCACAGGCAGCAUCCCCGACCUCCAGCACCUCCACCCCCAGCCCCAUCCAGAACCAUGUGGCCUUCCUCAGCUCUGUCCUGCCCUCUCUACACACCACACAAGCCACCAACUCGAUGGGCCUGCCCAGGAGUGCCCAUGGGCCACCUCAAGGCAUGCAGAAGAAGUUGCCUACAAGCACUCGUCCCAUGUCAGAUGUUGACAUUCGUAGCAGCCAACAAACCCUCCUCCAGGAUAUGGAGAAAAAGCUUAGGUUCAAUGAAGAUUUUAUGCGUGGUCAUGUACAACAGAAGCAGACUACUUAUGAGGGGAAAACAGCGAGCAGACCCCUCGGACCAAACAUUCCUGCCACUGUCUUUAACUAUGACGAGGAGUACAAAGUGUCCAACUUUGAGCAGAGGCUGUUGAGUGAGAUAGAGUUCCGUCUGGAGCGCACGCCAGUCGAGGAGUCGGAUGACGAGGUACAACACGAUGAGAGCCCGACAGGGAAGUGCGUCGCGCCCAUAUUCGACAGGAAGCUGAGGAACUUCAGGGCCAUGGAGGGUGUCCCUAUGACGUUCUCCUGUAAAGUGGUGGGGAUCCCCGUACCGAAGGUUUACUGGUUCAAGGAUGGCAAGCAGAUCUUGAGGAAAAAUGAUCAUUAUAAGAAGAUACGAGAGGGGGACGGAACCUGUGUCCUACACAUAGAGGUCACCAAUAACGACGAUGAUGGCAACUACACUGUCAUGGCAGCUAACCCCCAGGGACGAAUCAGCUGCUCUGGUCAUUUGAUCAUCCAAACGGGUCCUCUCCGAAACCGAAUGACACCUAUGAUUCACUCUCAGAGGGUGCGGGCCCGCAUACAGGAAGUAGAAGAGGGUGAACCAACCCAGGAGCGCUUCUUCCGACCUCACUUCCUCCAGGCUCCAGGGGACAUGGUGGCUCACGAGGGCAGAGUCUGUAGAUUAGACUGCAAGGUGAGUGGCCUACCAAACCCAGAGCUGAUGUGGCUGAUCAACGGGAGGCCCAUCUACCCAGACGUCUACCACCGGAUGCUGGUGAGGGAGAACGGCAUUCAUUCUCUUGUCAUAGACCCUCUAAAACAGGACGACGCUGGGACAUACACCUGCAUCGCCAGCAACAAAGCAGGACAGAGCUCCUUCGGGCUGGAGUUAAGAGUUGUGGAAAAAGAGAUGAAGCAGGCCCCCCAGUUUGUGGAGAAGCUCCAGAACACAGGCAUCGCAGAGGGCACCCCCGUCCGACUGGAGUGCAGGGUUCUGGGCAUGCCUCCACCUGUUAUCUAUUGGAAGAAAGACAACGACACCAUUCCUCACACCAAGGCCAGAGUCAGCAUACACCAGGAUGCCACUGGAUAUGUUUGCCUCCUGAUUCAGCCUACCAGGAAAGAGGAUGCUGGCUGGUACACCGUAUCAGCAAAGAAUGAGGCUGGAAUUGUUUCAUGCACAGCCAGGCUAGACAUCUAUGCCCAGUGGCAUAAGCAGGUCCCUCUGCCUAUGAAAAAGGCUCCACGGCAGGGCAGUCGCUAUGCAGUGCUGACCGGCCAAGGCCUGGAUAUCAAAUCUGCCUUCCCCACGACGGACAAUAGCCCCAUCCUGUUCUCCAGCUCCCCUGUGGAGGCACAGCUGGAGAGUGAGGAGCUGUGAGGAGCAGACACACUUCACCAGAGGGUUGUAAAAGUCUGUCAAAUUUCCCAUAAUGCACAGGUUUUUCCGAAAUUCCAAAAGUUUAGGAAAGUUUGAGAAUUUUGUCAACCUACUCCACCACCACCACCACUUUAAUCACUACUGGCCCUUUGAGUCUACAAACUUCUCUUCUCUGGAGUCUCGUAGGGCUGGUUUCCCAGACACAGAUUCAGCCAAAUCCUGGACUAAAAAGCAUGCCCAAUAGAGAAUCUCCUUGAAAGUGCUUUUAGUUCAAGACUAGGCAUAAUCUGUGUCUGGGAAACUGGGUCCCAGAGUUGAGUCUGCUCUAACACCUCCUAAUGAUUGAUCUACUAGUUCAUCUAAUCUGUGUUGGCCAGUGGGAUGGAAGAGCAGGACUAUAAUCUUAGCAGUUUGUGUCAUCUGGUUUGUGUGAUACAUUUGACGUGAUACAUUGAAAUUACAAUGACAAAAACGGUUAGAUUUACAACUGGCAACCUAAUGCUCUGUUUGUUUUUCUGCCAUUCCUAUUGAAUUGUAUCAUUUGAAGUGUCUUAUUCACACAAAACAGACAAACUUGGCAAGUUUUAGUUCACUAUCAUCUUUUGAUAGGUCUGAUUUGUUUAUGGUUAAUUUUGUUCUACUUUUUGAUUAGUUAGUUUGAUAUUGAGAAGGUUGUUGAAUGUUGAUGAUCAUGACAUACUUUCAUCAUCAUACACUUCAACCUGUUCUUUAUCUUUAGCAAAUUGACUAUUUCGUUUGGACGUGGUUGUUGUAUGGUUUGUUUUUAUUUCAAACGUAUAUAUGUGUCAAAUAAAGAUAGUUUAUUUUAAUGUUUAUAUAAAAUAUAUGUGCAUUAAAUGUAAAUCAAAGAAAUACACUAAAGGAAAGCCAAACUGACAAAUUCAAUUGUACACAUGCAUACAUUGAGUGGGGGAGGUGCUACUCAAUAUUAGGAAGGUGUUCUUAAUGUUUUGUACACUCAGUGUAUAUACAGUGGGGAAAAUAAGUAUUUGAUACACUGCCGAUUUUGCA